UUCGGCAUGUGAAAGAAGAGAAGAAUUAAUUUGGGGACUUCAGUGGCUUUAAGUAGCUAGCCAUGAGCCCCGGAUUCUGUGUGUAAAUUAACCAACCCCUCUGUAAUUCUCAUCGAGAUGUCAUCGAUGAACAAGACCAUCUUCUACGUCAGCGACGAAGGCGGCGAGGCCAACAAGAGGGCAGCGAGCAUCAGAGUGCCCGAGCAGGCGAAACGGGCAUCGACGUCAGGGGGCGGCCUCGAAGGCCUGCGCAUUGUCAUACACGAAGGGGAUGAGAAAGGACCAAAUAACGUCCUGACGAAAUCUGUGGCUACUACUGCAACGAGCCGGCCGAGACGACUGCCUCUGCCUGAGUUGGGGUUUUUGCAGACGUGCUGCUUCUGCAUGAGGGAGCUCAAACCCUGCAGGGACGUUUACAUGUACAGGGGAGACCAAGGAUUUUGCAGUGAUGAAUGCCGUUCUCGCCAAAUCGACUGGGCGAACGAAGAGAGUUUGAAAUGAGUACGAGAGAUAGAUUAGUGAAAAGUACGUGAAGCAACGAGUUUUUUUUUUCUCUUUGUUUUCGUUUUCUCCGUCCUUGAUAUCUGUAGCUUCUUUUACGGAGGAACGAGCAGAAUGGUUAAGGGAAUUGCAAAAUGGCUAGCAAGUUUUUUUCUAAA